AUGUCUAAAAGGGCACUCACAGCCGUUGCUGGCCUGACCGUCACGGCAUUUGCUGUCCCCCCAGCUUAUCGUGACUAUCAGACUUACCUUUCCUACGGCCCCGGAGGCCCUCCACAUAACGCAGUAGGAUGGUUUUUAUCCAGAAUGAUUGUAACUCCCUUGGGUCAAGAGAUGUUCAGCACCGAAGUCUAUCAGCGCAGAAUUGACCGAGGCGAGACGGCAACGUAUGUCUACCCAAAUGGGAAGCUUCCAAAACGAGAGGGGAAAGUUCCCCGCGUCGGAAUUCAUGCAAUCCCGCAAAGGCAGCUAGAUCAAGUGCCGAGUCAGAGCAUUAGAGAAAAACUCGCUGAUGCCUUCACUACUCUUGUGAAGAAUAACCCAAGCCUACUUAAAACGGCAACUUCGCAUUGGGAACGACGCACGGAAGCGUUAUGGCUCUCCGACGGCGCCAAAGAAACAAGUCUUUCUAAGGGUGAAGUGUCCCAUAUUCAUGGCACAAGUGACCAUUCUGUGCACGUGAUAUUGUCACCAGCAGAUGCGAAAAAGGUUAUCGAAGCAAAUUGGGGACAGCGACAUGCUUUAUCUGGAGCAAAGGUUUUAUUCGGCACGUUCGAGCUCCCUUGGGUGUUUGCUAUACCCUCGACAUACCUGCUUAUUUAUGCUCCUCGAAGUGAAGAAGAAGUUAAAGUGGUGAUGGAGAUAGUGAAGGGUGGAGUGCGAUAUAUGACUGGAGGGAAAGAAGUGAAUUAA